AUGGAAGAUCUAGAAACACACAAAGCACGCAGGAUAGAGCAGAUGGUAGCAAAAUGGCUGCGUCGAUCACGAGAUAAUUCAGCCAGAGGGAGAGCAUCAGUGAGUGAUAGAUCAUCCGAUGGCAGUAGGCAACCUCCAAGUCAUGUCAAACUCACAGUGGAUGUUCAAAAAGACGUGCUGCAUGGACAUUAUGGCAUUGAAGUUUCUCGUAAUUUUCGCCUUUUGAUCACAUCAGUUGCUGCAGGCAGCACUGCUGAUGGGAAGCUUCUGCCAGGGGAUCGCAUCCUUGCAAUAAACGACGACGCAACAGAAGACCUUACUGGUGAACAAGCAGCUGCUCUUUUAAGGGAAUCGCAAGGCACUCUCCAGUUUACAGUUCUCCGAUGCACCUCGGGUGGCCCUAAAUCAUCUUUUCUUACAGCGGAAAAAAGAGCCAGGCUAAAAACAAAUCCUGUUAAAGUCCGUUUUGCGGAAGAGGUUGUUGUGAAUGGACAUAAUCAGGGAAGUUCUCUUCUGUGUAUGCCCAAUGUUCUCAAAGUCUAUUUAGAAAAUGGACAGACUAAAGCAUUCAAGUUUGAAGCAAACACAACAGUCAAGGAUAUUGUUCUCACUUUGAAAGAAAAGCUAUCCAUUCAAAGCAUUGAACAUUUUGCCUUGGUUUUGGAAGAACAGUAUAAUGUGUUGAAGAUGUAUCUUCUGCAUGACGAUGAGCUCAUUGGACGGGUGGUUCAGAAAAAAGAGUCUCAUAAUUAUCGAUGCCUCUUCAGAGUUUGCUUUAUCCCCAGAGAUCCAUUGCAUCUUUUGCAGGAAGAUCCAGUGGCUUUUGAAUAUCUCUACUUGCAGAGCUGUAGUGAUGUCCUUCAAGAAAGGUUUGCUGUUGAGAUGAAAUGCAGUGUCGCGUUACGGCUGGCCGCCUUGCACAUCCAAGAACGGAUAAUCACCUGUGCUCAGCCACAAAAAAUAUCACUAAAGUAUAUUGAGAAGGAUUGGGGAAUAGAAAAUUUUAUUUCUCCAACUCUGCUCCGAAACAUGAGAGGCAAAGACAUCAAAAAAGCUAUUAGUUUCCAUAUGAAGAGGAAUCAUCUUUUGCUGGACCCAAGGCAAAAGAAUCUCCUUUCGGCAGCCCAAGUGCGAUUGUGUUACCUGCAGAUUCUUGGAGACCUGAAACUCUAUGGGGGGAAAGUCUUCAAUGCCACGCUCAUGCUACAGGACAGAGAGACAUGCAUUGCCUUGCUGGUGGGAGCCAAAUAUGGAAUCAGUCAAGUGGUUAAUAGCAAACUCAACAUCGUAACCUUGCUGGCGGAAUUUGCUAACAUAAGCAGAGUGGAGCUCACUAAAGAAUCUGACAAAGUAAGCAUGGUGAAGAUCUACCUCCAAGAUAUCAAGGUGCUCACUGUACUGCUGGAGUCCAACAGUGCCAAAGAUCUGGCUUGUCUCAUCAGUGGUUACUACAGAAUGUUUGUAGAUUCAAGCUGCUCCAUAUUCAUCUGGGAGGAGAGAAAACCUCAAAUGCACCGGAUCUCUGCUGAGGAAGGAUAUGAAUCUAGAACCUGCAGUGACUCUGAAGAAUCUUCUGAGCUAGAUUCCUCCUUGGAUCGGUUCUCAGACACACAUUCACCUAAGUACAGCAGUAUUAGUCCCCCAAUUGAGGAGGAAGGAGAGCAGCAAGAGCUGGAGCAAGAAAGGAAGACCUUGGAGGCCAAAGAAAUGAGCUUUUGCAAUGGGUACAACAUAAGCGAUAGCCUUUCAGAAGCCUCUGAUUCAGCCAACACAGAAAGCAGGGGGCCAAAGUCCAGUGGCUCAAGUGACUCUCUGGAUGCCUUGGAAGAAGAUGAUUUAGAAGCGUGCUCAGCAAGCAGGCCGGAGAUUUUUCAGUUUUGUAACUCUGCCCUUCAGAAACUGGCCAAUAAUGACAAGAUGCUUUUUAGUGCAGAUGGAGAUGAGGAAAGCAGAACAUCACAAGAAAGUUUUUUUUCUUUCCUCCUGCCAUCCCUGGUAUCCAGUCCGGUUCUUCCACAAUCAGAAGAGGAAUCCAAAAGAGAAAACGGUGUGAGCAUUCUAGAGUCCAAGUUGGCCAAAAGCAACGCCAUGGACUACUACAGCCUCUGUGCCAAUCUCUCACCAGCCAGCAGUGGAGGGAAGCAUACCCAGAGCAACAGUCCUGAAAGCUGCUCUUUGCAGGAGCCUGAAGACCAUGAGAAAAUCAGCGAGGGCCAGGCUCCUGUCUUUGUCUUGAGAUCUCCCCCUGGCUUUGAAAAGACUAAUUCAGAUGAUAACAUCUGUGAUGGAAGCAAAAGGAUGAGCCCAGCUGAGCCACAAGCAGGUUCUGAAAUUCUGCCCCUACACCGUUCCCAAGAGUUGCCAUCUUGUGGCAGUUUGGAUGAAAACAUCCUGUCAAGGCAAAGUAGAAGGAUGAAAUCCAAGCUAGGAAAAGACCCAACGUGUGCCAAUAAUUUGAGGAAAAGAAGGUCCUUCCUCGAGACAAAUUAUACUUCCCAAGUUAGUUUCCCCAGCACUUCACCUGAAGCGCUGGAAACCAGUGUUUGUUGCAAUAAAGACACUACCAUUUCAGGAGUUUCAAACCCCACAGUUGAGUCUUUAUGGAAGGAACCCCAGCAAAUUCCCAAUCUUCUUGAAGUCACACAGAAAACCCAGGUGGUCCAAAAUUCAACCUCUUCAUCUGAUUCAACAGAAAUGAGGCAGAAUUCAUCAGUACUCAAUUCAGUCUUGUGCCUGGCCUCUGCGCAGGCAAGUGGAGGAAGUUUAGACUCAAGCGAUUGCUCUUUAGAUUCUUUUUAUAUGCCCCCUCAUCACAGUCCACAUUUAAGUACACCAGAAAUUAAUUUUCACCCGGAAGGUCUUGAUCCCACUUGUGAAAUAAAAACAGAAAAGCUUACAGAAAUAGCUAAGCAAGUUCGGGGACAUUGUGAAGUAAAAGCAGAGUGUUCUGUAAAGCAAGGACUUGACAAAAAAGUGAGGACAAUCAAAGCUACGCCUCCAACAGGAGUCAGUUAUGUAUUGAUUGAAGAAAUAAUACACACUACUACCAAGCCUUCUGGGUCUCAGAACAGCACCCAAGGCAAACCUUCGUCUUUCGCCCCAAUCUUGGACCUGGAUUCUCUCCCUGCAGAGAAAGCUAAGAAACAGGAAUGGGUUAUGUUAGAUCCCUGCAAGAGAGCCAAAGGUGACUCCAUCUUGUGUGAUUCCGGCCAGGCCCAUGGAGACUUAAAGCUUGAAGAAGGUAUCAGCCAAUUGUCAAAAAAGGGUGCUGCACAGAAAUUGGGAGAUGAAAAACAUCUGGGGAUUUCAAAUGUAACUCAACUAUUUUUCAACUGCAGUGAUACAUCAGGCCAAAUUUGCUGGCCAAAUUUCAGUUCAGCAGCAGAAAAUGCAAAAAGCUGUCAGCAAUCAGAUCAUGAGUGCCAAGGAAUUACUAGCCGAAAUGGCCUAGGCGUUAAUAAUUUAGCUUUAAAAGAUGGCAUUAUAAAUCAAGUCCCAGCCCACUUAUCAGCUGUGAGUAUGUCUCAUAAUCUGUGCCAAUCUACAGACAUUGCUGGUGACUUUAAAACAAGGGGGGGAAACCUCACAGGAAAUGCUUUCCUGAAAGAUGAUAAUAAGAGAUCCCGUUCACUAAUGGUUUCCUCAGAGGAGAACACAGAACAAAGCAAAACUGAUAAUUCAGCUGAACAGGGCUACCCUUCAUUUGACAUUUCGUCUAAAGCAGCCAGGCCCAGUGGGAAAAACUGUACUUCAGAUCUAUCAUUUCUCUCUUCUGACAAUGCCACUGGAGGUGCAGUGGCUUUCAGUGACACAGGUCCACCAGGUUUAGUGAAUUCUGAGGAAACAUUUAUACCCAGACAUAAACUGGAGAGAUGCAGCUGCCAGUUGUCUUAUGCAAGCUGUUUCCAUGGGGUAGACAAUGAAGCAGAAUUAGACAGCACCAAACCUUUCGCAAGUAGCAUUUCUGAAGGACCCUUAACAACUCCACCUUCAACAAGAAACCCACUGCCUUCAGAUUUUAAUCCCACCAGGCACCACCAAGAACAUAUUUAUAUGAACGGGACCCCCAGAGAUUCUCAGAAUCACAGAUACCUCCCAGAAUUGCCUAUCAAAGAACUGAGCUAUAUGAAAGAAAAAUGGUCUAUCUCGCCACUUGACUUCUGCCAUUUGUUAGGAGAUGUAGUAGAGCUAAAGGAAAUUUUAAGGCGGUCUUCAGGAAACCAAAGAAAACAUCCAGUGGAACAAUGUGCUGCCUUUUUUUCAGAAAACAAGAAUGCCUUGUAUGUGGAAUCACAGAGAUUGUUAGUUAAUUGCCAGAAGAUUAUCGAAGCACAAGGGCCUUCUCCCGAGACACCAGUCAUAGUUCAAAAGACCUUCCAAAACCUUCUCCAGUUGACGGAAGUAUGCCUACAGUUCACAGACUGUGACUUUUGCAGUAGUGGGCACACAGACCUUAAAAUCAACCUGCGGGAUGUUUUAUGUAGCUAUCAACAGUUUUUGGAAGCAUGUAGGCAAACUCAUGAGAAGGAUUACUCCAGUCUAAGCUUAAAACUUUGUGUGUGUCAAUAUACAGCCCUCACUGCUUCCCUUUUCUGCCUUACACAGCAGUUCAAAGCUUCAUCCUGCACAUGA